AUGUCCGACAGACCUACACAUCGAGGAGGCGGCGGCGGCGGUCGCGGCGGCCCUCGGGGCGGUAGUGGUAGUGCUCGUGGUGGUGCUCGCGGUGGAGGCGCCUCUGGUGGUGGCGGCGAGCGCGAACGUCCUAAGAAGGAAAACAUUCUCGAUCUAUCAAAGUACAUGGAUAAGCAGAUAGCCGUCAAGUUCAACGGCGGUCGAGAAGGUGCGCACAUUCACUCAUACAUCCACACAUUCACACACACAUCCUUUGCUACCGGAAGCUGUGCUAACCGUUCCGCAGUCAAGGGAACAUUAAAGGGUUAUGACGCCCUCACGAAUCUAGUCCUCGAUGACGCCCAAGAGACCGUGCGAGAUGACCAAGGCAACGAAUCAACCCGCUCGCUAGGCCUCGUCGUCGCUCGUGGUACCCUCCUCGUCCUUCUCAGCCCCGUCGACGGAAGCGAAGAGAUCGCCAACCCCUUCAUUCAGCCCGACGACGAAUAG